UAUUCCAAUACAAAUAUUUAGGGAAAAAAGAUAAUUGAAAAAAUGUAGAAACGGAACAAACGGAUACACAGAUAGAGUAAUUCCACUACCGCGUUCCUCCCUCUUUCUUUGUCCUCUUAUUCUUGUAUUUGAUCAUUUCCCUUUUCCUUACUCCAAUCCCCAUUUCAUACUUGUUGUUUGAUUGAUUGAUUGAUCGAUUGAAUUUGAACCGUAAAUUUACCGGAGAUAAUGAGCGACGGCGGAGGAAGUUCGUCUGAAGGUGGGUGUACGGCGGCGACAACGACGGAUACGGGAGAUUUGCCGACGAAUAAAGUAGGAGAGAAGCAGAAGGAUAAGGAGAAGAGUAAGGUUAGCAAGACGUCGGCGAUUUUAUGGCACGCUCAUCAAAACGACGCCGCGGCGGUCAGGAAGCUUCUAGAAGAAGAUCGGACUCUUGUCAAUGCUAGGGAUUAUGAUAAUCGAACUCCUCUUCAUGUUGCUUCUCUUCAUGGCUGGAUCGAUGUUGCUAAGUGUUUGCUUGACUUUGAUGCUGAUGUCAACGCUCAAGAUCGUUGGAAAAAUACCCCUCUUGCUGACGCUGAAGGAGCAAAGAAACAUGGGAUGAUCGAGCUUUUGAAGUCAUAUGGUGGUUUAUCUUAUGGCCAAAAUGGGAGCCAUUUUGAACAAAAAAUUGUGCCCCCACCCUUGCCAAACAAGUGUGACUGGGAGAUUGAUCCCGCUGAGUUGGACUUCUCAAAUUCUUCUAUGAUUGGAAAGGGAUCAUUUGGGGAGAUUUUGAAAGCCCAAUGGCGGGGUACUCCAGUUGCAGUCAAGCGUAUACUUCCAUCUCUUUCGGAUGAUAAAUUGGUGAUUCAGGAUUUUAGGCACGAGGUCAUUUUAUUGGUGAAGCUUCGUCAUCCUAACAUUGUUCAGUUCCUAGGAGCUGUGACCGAGAGAAAACCCUUGAUGUUGAUUACUGAGUAUUUACGAGGGGGUGAUCUACAUCAGUACCUUAAAGACAAGGGAGCUCUUAGUCCAUCAACAGCUAUAAAUUUUGCGUUAGACAUUGCAAGAGGAAUGGCUUGUCUUCAUAACGAACCUAAUGUGAUUAUCCAUCGAGAUUUAAAGCCAAGGAACGUUCUCCUGGUCAACUCUAAUGCAGACCAUUUAAAAGUUGGAGACUUUGGACUUAGUAAGCUUCUCAAGGUUAAACAGGCUCAUGAUGUGUACAAAAUGACUGGCGAGACAGGAAGCUAUCGCUAUAUGGCUCCUGAAGUAUUUAAGCACCGGAAGUAUGACAAAAAAGUUGAUGUUUUUUCCUUCGGCAUGAUAUUGUAUGAGAUGCUUGAGGGAGAGCCUCCCAUGGCAAGUUAUGAACCAUAUGAGGCGGCAAGAUAUGUGGCUGAAGGACACCGACCUUCAAUUAAGUCCAAAGGGUUUGUACCAGAUCUAAGAGAGUUAACUGAACAAUGUUGGUCUGCUGACAUAAACCAGAGGCCUUCUUUCUUGGAGAUUCUUAAGAGACUCGAGAAAAUAAAGGACAAUCUUCCAGCAGAGCAUCAUUGGCAUUUCUUUUCUGGAUGACAAAACAUUGAACUAUCAAUCUCAGAAUCCGACAACUUGCUAGUUUUUCAUACCCAAUCAUGUUUUGCCCAUUCUCUGUGCAAAUCUGGCUCAAGGUAUCAUCACCUCAGCCUUUCAGCCCUCUUCAAUUUAAAGGAGGAAAUCGCUGUGUAUUAGCAUCAUUUGUUUUAACAUUGGUUAUAAUUGAAUCAUUAUCUAGUAUGUCGAAGAACCUUUGUUUACAGUUACAUGACUCCAACUUCACAUACUAAUUCCGAUUUUUAUAUGCCUUGAAAAGGGCUUUAGAUUAUUUUGUGGUUGGACUGAGCUUGUAUGUUUUUAUCCCAUCGUAUGUAAAUUGUAAUAUUUGUACUAUGUUUGCAGUUUCUGUCUGUAAUUGUGUUAUCAGCUAUUUAAUUGAAAGAGUUUUUGAGAUCCUCUUGAA